CUGCGCUUUGCAUCAAUCCGCCUUCUGCAGCAUUUUGAACCAGGCCACUUGGGACCAAGGACCCUUCCCAGCUAUACUAGGGCCCGCCCCAAGAAGCAAACCUCACCUCCAACCCGUUACAAAUUAUCAGCUUUUGUUCGCAAAUAUAUGUGGCAAAGAUGAUGUUAUACGAGCGAUCCGUCCAUGAUCUCCCCGGCCCCAGCUCUCCGCCAGGCUUGACACAUUCCAAGUCUUCCAAGUCUUCAUCCUUGAACUCGGUACCUUCAGAUGAUGACAGCGUGCUUGCUGACGCUAGCCACUUUGAAGACAUUGGACUCCAGGAUGAAUCCCAUGUCGAUGUUCGAGGGCUAACUAAGAACCUGAAGCCCUCGCCCAUGCUGUAUAGUUCUAACCCUUCCUCCGAAUUGCGAGUACCCUCCAAGAGCAGUCGAUCUUCCCGCAGUCCGUCCAAAACCCGCCAGAAGCGGGAUGUCUCAUCAACGGGCAAACCCCGUCCGACCCUCCCGAAUAUCCAGAGUCAUCUACGACCUGUCAAUGGCCGAGUCGCGAGCUUGGGGCUUACCCCCGAGCUUCACACUGCCCCUCUUCCUAUGCGCUCCCUUGGAAACCGAUCACCCUCCUCGACACGGCAACGCAGUAUUAGCCCCAAUCUCCAGACUAGCUUUCCCAUGAAGCCACGGAGGAGUAGCUGGCAAUCGAGCCGGGAGCGAAAGACAGCCAGACAGUUGGAGAGGGAGUGCGACGAAGAUGACGGAGACGACAUCCCUGACGGGCUCGUGCUUGAUAAUGUGCCAAUCUCGCCUAGGCCACCCUCGGAACGAACAAUAAGCCAACCUUCUUCUAAAGCUCCUUCUCCAGAACGCGCUCCUCCUGAAAAAAGAGUACGAAGUGUGGGAAAUGGCACUCCACCAGUGGCAGCAGCCCAGGGAUCCCUUAGGUCGCCGACAUGGAAGUCCGAUACCGCAGUGCCUACGAGAGCCAGCAUUGCUUCCACCAUUGUCACCCCUCUGGAACUCGCCAGAUCCAAGAGCUGGUCUGCCGCAUUGGCUGAACUCAACUCCGAUGCCAAGGAGCUCACGGAAAAGCUGGAGGAACAUGCCGAAGAGUUGGAAGCAAAGGGCGUGCGGUCCAGCACGCCGUCUGUUCGCAGAAACUCUGACGGGAAGCCCCGUGUGAAAUCGGGACUUCCUGAGCUCCCGCCGCUUCGCAAGUCCAAUGUCAUGAUCGACCCUCUACCGCCGUCCAAGGAAAAGGAAGCUGUUUUGUCCCGCACUCGUCCUUCCUGGCUCCCGCCAAAGGAUCCCGCCGAGGAACGUCGCCAUCUAAAGGAGUACCAGAGGAUGAUGGCUCAGAGCCUCGAGGCCGAGCGUAGACGAGAAGCGACAAAGAAGGCCCGGAUCGAGAACCGUGAUACCAGAGCCGACAAUUUGAUGCAUAUUUGGGAGGAGAACAUCAUCCCUCGUUGGGACGAGGCCAUCCGUGAGCGCAGGACACGAGAGCUAUGGUGGCGUGGUAUUGCGCCACGCAGUCGAGGUGCUGUGUGGAGCAAGGCGAUUGGCAACGGGCUCGCACUUUCUGAUGCUUCGUUCAGGGCUGCCCUGAAGCGGGCCAAUGAUGCCCAAAAAAGAGUGAACGACGGACAAGGCAGCACCGACGAUUCCUACGCUGCGGCCUGGUUUGAUGACAUCAAGACGGACGUGGAAGAGUAUACCUUCCCUGACCUUCGCAUCUUCCAAACUGGAGGGCCCCUUCACCAAAGCCUGGUGGAUGUUCUCAGCGCAUACUGCAUGUAUCGGAGUGAUAUCGGAUAUGUUCCGGGCUGCAAUACAAUUGCCGCUAUUCUGCUUCUCAACCUUCCCUCCGCCACCGACGCGUUCAUUGCGCUUGCCAACGUCCUGAACCGUUCCUUGCCGCUGAGCUUCCACACGUGCGACAGAACCGCCAUGUCCUCGGCCUAUAACCUGCUACUCCAAACCCUCCAACACAAGUCGCCCAGCCUCCAUGAACACCUGAUCAAGUUGCCCGAUCAUAAUCCCGAUCUCUACUUGGGCGACAUCUUCACUGGCCUCUUCACUCGCCACCUCGCUCUGGAUGAGGCCACCCGACUCUGGGACGUGUACGUUUUCGAAGGCGACGCCGUCCUCGUUCGUGCAGGCAUUGCUCUUCUGCUACAGAAGGGCAUGUCCCUUAUGGGUACCAAGUCCAUUCAUGAGGUCAGGGCCAUCAUGAAUAACUCAUCUGAUGGCGUUUUGAGGUCGGCGCCCAUUCUGCGCAGCACUGGCGAGGAAGAUCGCUGGAUGCGCGCUGUAAGGGAAGCCGGGAAAGCGCAAGCUUAAAGCGCGAGGAAGAAACAAGAAAAAAAAUAACAUUAAACAUACAAAAAGAGCGGAUAUAUAUAUAUAUUUCGUUUCCUUGUCUUUGGAAUAAAGCGGUGGGAAGGGAUUUUCACACAAGGAGAGGGGAACAUAAGACCAACUGCACGCAAAUACGUCAUGAAAGCAAGUCACCAUACAAAGGAACCAACCAUGUCUUUACUCAUGUCACAUACCCAACAACGAUACGCACAUAUAAGCAACCACCACCACCACCACCACUUGCCAUCACCAACCACUUUUCAGCGGCCACCGGCGUUUCUGUUCACUGUUCAAUUCUUAAUUUUCCUCCAGGUUGGAUAGCGCUGCGCCGGCUUGUCAACACCGUCUGGGGAACUGGCAUCUUGUUUUUCCUUUCUUUCUUGCUCAUCUUCGGCACAGUUUCGAAGUAAUUUGUGUACCUCGUGUACAAAACAACAACCACAAAACCUCGGUUUUGAGUAUUGUGUAUAUUUAAUAUCUUUUUGGACAAUUUCCGAAUGCCAGCCAGCCAGGCAUAAAUGGGGCGGAAUAGAAUGAGAGUGGUGAUGAUUUGAUUAUACUUGGUUUUCAUCUGUGUGUGUAUCUAGGGAUCUUUGACUUUGUCUGCCUGUGGAUAUUAAUGAAGGGGCAUUUAUAUCCCGAUUUAGUUGGAGUGGUAUAUCAUAUAAUCCUGAUUGAAAUUGGACGUUCCCUUGUACUAUAUCUCGUUCUUUCUUUCAUAUCUCUCCGCGUAUGCUGUUGGUAGAUUAUGCUCAUGUCGUAAUGGCUUGUUGAACGAGUAUGAAUUAAACUCUAUCGGUGGCGUGUG